CUCUGCUUUAAAGGAGCCGGUGAUGCAACAGAGACGCCACAAGCGAAACUCAGCGGCAGGAGAGACAAGAACAGAAGGAGCGACACUUUUUAUUCCCCGCGCCGCGCCGCACCGCACCGCACCGCACCACAGCACCACACCGGACCCGAACAUCUCUGAACAGAAUGAUGCUCCAGCACUCGGGCCCCUCGCUGGCUGAUAUCAGCUGCUCCGCCAUGGUCCCCUGCCUGUCCCCGCCGGGGACGCUGACCCUGGACGACUUCACCAACUUCACGCCCAUCGUGAAAGAGGAGCUCCGGCUGGCCAUCCAGACCAAGCGCCUUUCCAGCGGGCUCAGCGCCGACGUGAGCUCCGACGGGGGCGCCAGCUCCAGCUCGGACCGGGCCUCGGAGCAGCACUCGUCUGGCACCGGGGUCAAGAGAGAGUAUACUCAUGAGGAGCAUGAGAGGAGGAAGAGGAGGAGGGAGAGGAACAAAAUCGCCGCCGCCAAAUGCCGCAACAAGAAGAAGGAGAAGACAGAAUGUUUGCAGAAGGAGUCUGAGAAGCUGGAGAGCGUCAACGCCGACCUGAAAGCUCAGAUUGAGGAGCUGAAGCAGCAGAAGCAGCAGCUGGUCUACAUGCUCAACCUGCACCGGCCCACCUGCAUCGUCCGGGCUCAGAACGGCCAAACGCCCGAGGACGAGAGGAACCUCUUCAUCCAGCACAUCAAGGAGAGCGCUCUGCAGCUCCACAACCUCACCUCCUCCUCCUCCUCUUCGUCGUCCUCCUCCUCGCUGUCCACCUCCACCUCCACGGUCGCGCCGCUCGACGCAGGACUCCUGACCCUCGAUCACAUUCACUGCCCCGACCACCUAUGAGACGAGUCGGGGUCUUUUCCAAAGACGAUUCUUCCACCUGCUGCAGACUGUUUUUUUCUUUUCUUUCGGGGGGAGGAGCAAGUGGAGACGCCACAAAGACUCUAUAGAAAGCAGAGAAUAAUAAACACCACCCGUCGGAUGACUCCUCAGCCUCGUUCGCCAUCCACUAAGCUGCUAGAGAGAGUGGCAUAAAGAGACCCGAGUGCCCCAGACUCUUUGAGACUGUAGCUGCUGAUUGGACAAUAGGCAUCACCUUGACAUGCAUUAUGUAUAUUUUCUAACAGUCAGGGCCAAGGACACAUGCUAAAGCACUAAAGACGUCAGCAUUUACCGGUAUUUUCAUUAGUCUAGAGUCGGAUUUAUCUGUUGUUGUUUGUGAUUUCAAGGUGAUCAAGGCACAUUUAUUUAAACUGUUCACCCACCGAGAGACGAGAUCGACUGUGUUGAGAGUUUGAAAAGAUGUUUGUAUUGUUUGUGCUUAGCAUAUGAAGAAUACUAUAUUUAUUAUUAAGUGACUACUGUGCGAUAUACAUAUAUAUACAUAUAUAUGUUGUAGCUGCGUUAACCCUGUCCGCUUGUACUUUACACGAUACUAAAAAGAAUCUGCUGCUACUACUAACCACUCAGGACCUACACAGGCUGUACAAGUCUAUUUCAUUACCUUCUUUUUCUUUUUUUUUUAAGUUUUAGUAGCAGUCACAAAAAGGGACACAGAUGUACUUUGCAGGCAGGGUUUCAAAUUCUACUAAAAUAACAAUAUAAUCACAUAUGCGUUUCUUUACUUAUGAACUCGAUAUGUGCUGCCAAGCAAGAAAAUCGUCCAAAAAGCGAAUUGAACACUGCAAUAUUUCACAUACGCGUCCCCUCUUAAAAAAAAAAAAUCCAUUAUUUUUCUGUUUUACAGCUUCUGAAACAGUGAAGCUUCCAGUGUUUUUAUUUUCUACCUGAGAGGAUCUUGUAUUGACUGCGCAUUAACUCUGUGCUGCUGUACGUGAAAAAAAAAAAAAACACCCAGAUGCCUCCGUUUGGUCUCGACAGAGCAAAAAAAAACAAAAAAAACAACAACAACAAAACGAUGGUUAUUUUAUAUAUUUAUUGAUAAGAUUUUGUGUGGAUGUCGUGCUCGAUAGAUAUCGUUAGCUAGGUAUCGGAAGACGCUGCGUCCUCUAACACAUCAUGGUUAAAUCGUAUUUAUUAGUUAUGAAUUUCGGGAUUAAACCCACUGCCAAAUAUUCUUCACCUCAUUUUUUUUUUAGUAUUUGCAACACUUCAACACCAGUAAGAGUAAUAAUUCAGGACUUCGGGUGUAGACUGAAGUUUGAGUCGGAGAGUGUUUCAGGGACGCAGGCGUCUGUGUGUGGUGUUUGUGUCGUGUUCGUCUCGUAUGUUUUCUGCCUGUUCCUGCUACUGGAGGCAAUUUGUUGCUUUGUUUUGUGUUCUUUUUUUUUGUUUCUGUCGCUGCUCAAACUGUUGGAGCAUCACAGCCUAAAUGAAUAAAUGUCAGGUACAACUGCACUGCUACUACCACUGUGUACUUCCAUCGAUGUGUUCUGUUCAUUGUUUUUUGAUACUUUGUUAAUUAAAAGUAAGCAUUGCAAAUGA